GAUCUUCCUUGAUCCACUCCCUCUCUAACCUAGCCGUUUCGGGGGUAUGAAAUGUGGUGUGUGAGAAUAUCCUGCUGUUCCUCUGAUGUGAGGCACUGUCCCACACUACUCCUCUCAUCUGCAAACGUUCGCCGUAAUAAUCCACGAAUUAAAUAAACACUAUUUUAAUAAUAAUUUAGUUUAAGAGACACUACGAUUAUACAUACUCACUGUGAUUCAUGAUUCGAGCACGCUAAUAUUUGUAUCCUGCUCUGGACAGUGUCUAUCUAUGACAGUCUCUCUUUCAAAGAUUAACUUAAAGGAACAAACCACAGUGCCAUCUUAUUGGUAGCCCGUCCUGUUUGUCCGUUAAUUUACUUAUAUUUUACUAUCUAGAGUAGCCAACUGAAAUUCCCACACAAUUGAAACGUUGGCGUUUCUUUCAAGAGACCGUGGAUGGCGGUGGCGGAGCUACGAUGAUAGAGCAGCAAAGAGUUUGUCCUCCGGGCAGUGUGGAUAAAAGUGAACUGUAGCCGGACGGGACUCGGUGAGGCGACAGUGUCGUCUCUGCUCUGUGUUGAAUUGAAUGGACACAGCUCGCCAUUUCAGCUUCAUUUUCUUUUAAUCUCAGGUUGAAAUAAACAGGAAUUGCCAGUGAAGUGCCAGUUUUACAAUACUCAACUAUCUUGAUUUUUAAGGAUUUUAGCAUUUUCCCGAGCCGUAGCCAGUCUUCCUUGUGCGUAAAUCCGAUAGACUGUGGACUCCACGGUAAAGCCAGACCACAUGCCUGCAAUGCUUUCGGCUGAUGUGAACGUUCGAGUCGACCCUGAAGAGGAAUGCUGUGCAGUUAAUUUCAGAGUUUUUUCUAAAGAAUCCAGAAGAAUCCUUCACUGACAGUCGCUUUUUCGAAUAUGGGAGAAAACCACCGUUCAGCGAUUAAGUAGUUUUCCUGCACCUUGUUUUGCCUAAAAAAAUCUGUGCAUUUUCCGGAACAGCUCUGUAUCGGGACUUGUCUUUAAGUUGAUCAUGCCACUGAUGAAAGUUACUCCCACUCCAGUGAAGGGGACUGCUCUGCGACUUUAACUGCAGAGCACAGUAAAUAUGUGCGGAGAGUGGACGCUGUAACUCGAGGCGGGGUUAAGGUUCAGCUCUAUGGAGCGCUGAAACGUUGGUUGCAGUUCGUAGAGUUGGAAAUGUGAAAGCAAGAAGCAGGGUUUAUUUUUUUCCCUCUCUCCCUUCUCUCUGUCUCUCCUUUUUUUCUUUUCAUACACACGGACACAACCAUCACGCGUACACGGACACACAUAGACUCUUCAUACACCCCCACACAUACACAAACACACAUACACACACUCACACACACCAGCACAUACAUAAACACGCUGACUUGUAACAGUUAUCCAAACAUACACUCAUACCUCACAAAUUCAAGAUAAACACCAGAUAUGUAUUCGCCGCUAUGUCUAACACAGGAUGAAUUCCAUCCCUUCAUUGAAGCGCUGCUGCCUCACGUGCGAGCCUUCGCGUACACCUGGUUCAACCUGCAGGCCCGCAAGAGGAAGUACUUCAAGAAGCACGAGAAACGCAUGAGCAAAGAAGAGGAGCGCGCCGUCAAGGACGAGCUGCUCGGCGAGAAGCCCGAGGUCAAGCAGAAGUGGGCCUCGCGUCUCCUCGCCAAGCUGCGCAAGGACAUCCGGCCCGAGUUCCGCGAGGACUUCGUCUUAACCGUCACGGGCAAGAAGCCGCCGUGCUGUGUGCUGUCCAACCCCGACCAGAAAGGCAAGAUGAGGCGGAUCGAUUGCCUCCGUCAGGCCGACAAAGUGUGGCGCCUGGACCUGGUCAUGGUGAUUUUGUUCAAAGGUAUUCCACUGGAAAGCACGGACGGCGAGCGGCUAGUAAAGUCCCCGCAGUGCUCGAACCCGGGACUGUGCGUGCAGCCACACCACAUAGGAGUUUCAGUGAAGGAGCUCGACCUCUACUUGGCCUACUUCGUGCAUGCUGGAACCCAAAGGAGGACCUCAGGACAAUCAGAACAUGGAACCGUUUGUGGUCGGCCGAGCUCAUGUGAUUGGUUGGCUGUUAAAGGUAUGCUGUGUUUGGGGAAACAAAAGGUGCUUAGGCCAGAGAAAUCCCCUUCUCCCAAACCCCUUACAGCCCCACUACCUUCAACUAGAGCGGCAGUCGUCUCCUUUGAAAGGCCUUUCCUUUCCUUUGUUGUGCCCCCUCUCUUCAUGGAGAGCCUGACCCCUGCAAAACCACCCGUGAGCUUCUGUUACUUCACACACACUCCAGACGCCGGGUCUGGCCGGCCAAGAACUCAGCAGCCUGUUGUGAAAUAUGGAAUAUUGUUUUGAGAUUCCUCCGUCAGGGUGCUGUGAGAUGUGGGACGCCGAGGGAGAAAACCCAUCGCCAGAACAACACCUCACCUCACCUCACCAGACAAAGACACGCACUCAAGACAGCGCCACCUGUUGG